UUUUCGAAUUCGUUGAUCUUGAUUAAGAUCUCUUUGUUUAUUUGAAGAAACUCGCGAAAGUUGAUUUCUUUUUGUUUGCUCGAGAAUUUGAUUCUGUGACUCUGAUUCUUAAUGUAGAAUGUGGAAGAACCCAUUAGAGAAGGUUCAUAAGAAGUGUCUGAUGGAAGAAACCAUAAGAGCAGCUUCACAAGAAGUUUCUGAUGAAUUCAAAACUCUUGUUAAAGCAGAAGAUCUGAAUUCUCUUAGACAUUUGCAGCAUCUCAUAUUGGGGAGGUUACAGGAUAGCAAUGCAGUUCUCUCCCAUUACAAUGAAUUUUCAGAGAAUUGCUUCGCUGAUGUAUCAUUGGAAUUCGCUAGAAACACCCGUCUUUUGAAAUCGAUGAAAGCUGACCUCGAUUACAUCUUCUUGAAACUAAGGAGCAUUAAAAGUAAGAUUUUGGCUACAUAUCCAGACGCAUUUCCAGAUGAUUCUACUAGCGAUGCUUUUGAUCGAAGACCCGAUCUCGAGUUGCCUCAGGAAAGAUGAAGUGAUCCAGUAGUCAACUUCUUGGACAAAGAUGUUCGUCAAUAUCCAGACGGCUGCAAAAAGUACUAAUGUAAAAAAGAUUACGGUGUUGUAAAAAGGAUUAUGAUUUUUUGACAUUAUUCAAAGGGUGAAAUUUUAAUAUUUCUCA